AUGAAGACUAUUAAGAAUCAUUGUACUGCUACUCUCAAAUUACAUAUGAACUUCAAAUCUCUUUGCUGUCAUGAAGAUGUUCAGACUGUUUUUUCUCAUCUCACACUCAAAGCUUCUUCUUUGCAACAGACUGGUCCCUCCAUUGAUUUUGCUUCUACUCUCAAUUAUGUUGUCUCCAUCUAUUCUGCCACUUUCAUUUCUCUUGCUGGUCUCUUGCAUAACACAGUCUUUCUCACUACAAUGACUACUAUUGUUUGCUCAUCAGAUUUUGCUUGCCUUCAACUCUUGUCUGCUCAAGUUAAUUCCUCUUCUGGUGCUUUAACUUUUGACAUCCUCAAUCCCAAAGAAUGA